AUGUCAUGGCUACAAACUGUAUUAGGCGGGCCAGUGAUAACCCACACUCUUUCACCUUCGCUACAACCACGAAAUCAACAUCACGGCACUUAUAGUGUACCAUUCUUUCCAAGCGAGGACUCCAAGCUACGCGCGUCCAGCCUCACCGUGCGUAGAGGUGGCAACUGCCCCAACUCGCUCGAGGUGCUUCAGCAGCUUCUGGGUCGGCAUCCUGGGCACAAUGUUACACCAUAUCUCAUUUCUGCACUACCAUCCGCAGAUUCCCCGGCGGCGGCCAAGAUUAGAGAGUCCUUUGGCAUCGAUUCAAUCGUAGACUUGACAAGAUGUGUAUAUCAUCCAGGUCACUCGGAACCGGCCAGUAGUUACAUCAUACGUAGCGACGCAACAGGGUCCCGGACCCUGGUCAACUAUAACGACCUACCAGAGGUGACGGUGGACGAUUUCAAGUCCGUGGCAAACGAUCUACUACUAGGCGGUGGCAGGACAUGGUGGCAUUUCGAGGGACGACUUCCGGAAACGACUCUAGAAUGCAUCACGCAUUUGCGCAAGUCGAGCCCAGAGGCUAGAAUUAGUGUGGAAAUAGAAAAACCGGGCCGCCAAGGUCUGCAGGAACUGGCGGCUGAAGCGGAUGUCGUCUUUUACUCCAAGAGUUGGGCAGAGGAUCAAGGAUACCAGACUGCCCGGGACUGUCUCGAGGCGCAAAGUAAAGUGGCUCGCAAAGCGACUCUCCUUCUCUGUACCUGGGGCUCCGAUGGAGCAUCGUGCUGGUCACUCCCGAGUGGACGUUGUUUGUCCUGCGCCGCGUCGCCGGAUGGAAAGGAGGUUCAGGUAGUCGAUGCGGUAGGGGCUGGUGACACGUUCAUCGCCGGGAUACUGUUCGGUCUGUUGUGCAAAGCGGACGCGGACGCGGACGCGGAUGUGGAGGCUAGACUCCGGUUUGCUGUGCAGCUUGCUACAUGCAAGGUCAAGAGAGAGGGAUUCUCUGACCUUGGCCGAGAUGUCAUGGGCAGCAAAUGA